GGCCACAUGUCCACUACCCUAGCAGAUUCUAUAACUUCUGCCAUUAGAGCUACCCAGGGCCCCCAAACCCGGGACACUACACUGACCGGUGGCCCUCUGGCCCCGAAGUCUGGACCCCCUAAAAAGGCUAGUGUUAAAUCCAGACACACGAUUACCCCGGCCUCAUUAAUCCCUGACACGGGCAUGGUACGUCAUGCACAGGAUGGCACGGUCGCACCGCGCAAAAGAGCCCAGUACCGGGCAAAAAUGGUACGCACCUGGAAAAAGGCAAGAGCCGAGGCUUUGAAUUCGGAUUCUGAUUCCGACAUAGAGGAGGCUUCUGAAGGGGAAGUGGGCAUCGAUCAGUCCACCUCUGACGAUGAACCUAUAUUUGAAGUCCCACCUAUCGGUGAAAGACCUGACCUUGAUGCAGACGCUAAUGCGCUGCUCGACCCCCAGGGCGAACCCCUGUUCGUCCCUGAUAAUCUAAUCCACCCCAGGUCAGCCGACUGGUUCCCAACGGAACACGUGGCAAAAUAUAUAGCUGCCAGGGUUCGCCAUCCCCUAGAUAAAGCAACCCGCAAUAAGUUAAAAGCCGAAUGCCCCAGACCCACGGUCCCUGACCUGGCAUGCAAUACACCUGACGUGGAUCCUAAAAUCGCCCAAUUCCUGGGAAAGACCGGCUGGAGGCCAAAGAAGGGCCUGGACUUUUCCCUACGGAAUUGCCAGGAUAAAGUUCUAGAUGUACUGGGCCCUUGUGCCCGUAUCUUUGAGAUGGUGGAGGAGGCAAUUUCUGGAGUGACCCCCCUGGACCUUAUGUCCAUAAGAGGGUGGAUACAGCGGGCCAUAUGCUUAAUAGGCAAUGCCAAUACGGCCCUAGCCAGUGAAAGGCGCAGGGCAAUCUUAAUUAAGAUCGAGCCUAAGCUUGUUAACAUGGCCACUUCUGAACCUGGUACCUCAGCUAAAGGCAUGCUAUUUGGGGACAAGUUCAUAAAGGACUUAGGCUCUUUCGUCCAGACAUUCACUGCACUGGAUAAGGCCCAGGCUAACAUGAAGAGAGUGUUUAGCCCAAAGGUUUUUGGAGGGGCCGGCAGAGGUCGGGGCCGUCUGGCCGGCCGUUAUCACAGGGGUCCAAACCACGGCUCCCGAGGUCCCAAUACAUCCAGGCAAACCCACCAGGAAUACAGGCCCGCAGCUGCCCCAUUCUUCCCGCAGAGGAGCCGCCCUUGGCAAAAUCGCGGCGCAAGAGGAUCAUACCAAUCCAGACGCCCUUAUGCUUGACAAGUAUACGUCUGCUAAGAGAAUGUUUGAAUAAAGUCUCGUUGGGCUUUUUUGUUCGUGGAUGAUCACGUGGCGGUACUCCGUGUUCCGUUGGAGUUCCUUGAACGAAGAUUCUGCUGCUGGAUCUAUGUUUAUGACUGUUGGAUAUGUUAUCUGAGCCAUGUCAAAGAAAAGAGGAGGAGUUUUGGGAUGUACACUGUGAUAUGGAGAAAGGGAGGAGUUUACUAUUUGUAUUUGUUUUAUUUUCUCUCUUUGCUGCUGAGGGAUUAAAGAAAAGAGUUAUGCAUAA